AUGAAAUCAGCUAAAUCUAUAUAUGAAUCGCCGAUAAGUCCUUCCUGCUCAUACAUCAGAGAAUACAAUCUCAACAAAGAUCUCUUCCGUUACGCUAACAUCACAAGAUUUAAGGGACUCAAGAGAAUAUCCUCAAGUACCGGAAAUGAAACCAUCGCAUACCAUUAUUCGAAAGGCAAUCAAUUUGUACUUCCGACUAUAAAACUAUUUCCGUACGGUUUCCCUCCUCACUUUACUUUAACGACCAGUUUCAAGAGAGACGCGGUAGACGCGUCUGUCGAUGAUGUUUGGAAUUUAUUCGUGAUAACGAAUGACACCAAUCAUCCAAUCAUAGGAAUCAGGAUUAACGGCCAGUACAAAAGCAUCGAAAUAUAUUCUUUGGAUCGAAGGUUCGACAGGCAAUGGCAAGUGUUCAGAGACGUUCCGAUCUUCGAUAAAUCAUGGCACAAACUCCAAAUAAUAGUUAUGGAAAAUGAAGUACAACUUAACGUGGAUUGUAAACAAUUCGAUAUCAUUUCCAGUCGUGGAAUGGCGGAAUUAGGAGCCAGUGGAAAUUUUAUAUUGACUUCCAAAGAGGGCAGCAAAAGAUCGAUAGGAGUCGAUGUUCGUUCAAUGAUUAUAAGUUGCGAAUUGAACCUACCAGAAUACGAAUAUUGCGCCCAUAGUAAUGACGAUAUGUAUCAUCACGAUUAUCAGGAUAUGGAAAAGGUUUACCAGCAUCAAAAAACCGCGGUAGUGACAAUCGAACCGUGCGACCAAACUUGUCCGGCAGGCCCACCCGGACCACCGGGGCCAAUUGGUCCUACCGGAAUUAUCGGCCCGUCCGGAGAAAAUGGAGAUCCGGGUUUGCGGGGGUUACCCGGUCUUCCGGGGAAAGAUGGAGACCUAGGGCUAAUGGGGCUACCAGGAGUCAAGGUUUUAGAAAUUUUAAUAGUUCGAGAGUUGUCCUUUAAUUUGAGUUUUAUAAUAUUCACUUCAUUUUAUCCCCAUCUUAAACUGAUAUGUUAA